ACCCGUCCGAGUUCGGUUUUCAUUUAAAUACUCGGGAAAAAAAUAUUCACCGGAUUUAAUUAAUUGGAGUAAAUUGUUCGAAAUUGAGUAGUUAAUUAUAUAUAUUUCGUGGUAGGUGGGUAGUAUAUAUAGUUAGUUAUCCCCUUUACAAAGGAAUAGAUUGGGCGUGGUGACCUUGUCUGACCUGACCCGAAGUGAAUCUGUGUCCGGUUCAUUUUUAAUAGUAAACUUUAUAUCAAACUUUUAGAUCUCUUCGCCACUAGUUCUUGCCAUAAUGAGUUGUCGCGUCCUCGGAGUACUGGUGACCAGAUCGUCCUGUUGUUCUCACCACCAUCAAAAGAUUCUUCAUCAACAUGGUCCCUCCUCCCUGGCGAGAUGUUUCGCCACGACUGGGUCAUCCUGGAGUAAGAAAAAGGAGGGUGACUACCGGCUGGAGGCGGAUACAUUUGGCGAACUUAAAGUCCCAGCGGAUAAACUGUAUGGGGCGCAGACGCUCCGCUCCGUGAUGAACUUUCCCAUCGGUGGAAAUCCAGAGAGGAUGCCGCUCCCGGUCAUCAAGGGGAUGGGGAUUUUGAAGAAGGCUGCCGCCAUAGUGAACAAAGAGUACGGCCUUGACCCCAAAGUGGCGGAUGCAAUUUGUUCCGCUGCCGACGAGGUGAUUAGCGGCGCGCUGUACGAGGAGCACUUUCCCCUCGUCAUCUGGCAAACCGGGUCAGGAACGCAGACCAACAUGAAUACCAAUGAGGUCAUUUCCAACAGAGCUAUCCAACUUAUGGGUGGUGUCCUCGGGUCGAAAAACCCUGUCCAUCCUAACGACCAUGUCAACAAGAGCCAGAGUUCCAACGACACCUUCCCGACCGCAAUGCACAUCAGUGUCGCAAUGGAAAUCAACUCCACGCUCCUCCCCGGGAUGGAAUUGUUGAGGGAUGCGUUACAAAAAAAGUCAAAGGAGUUCGAAAAGAUUAUCAAGAUUGGGAGAACGCAUACCCAGGAUGCCACUCCACUCACGUUGGGUCAAGAAUUUUCUGGCUACGUGCAACAAAUGGUGUUUGGGGUGGAAAGGGUGAAAGCCACGCUGCCUCACAUUUACAUGUUGGCCGCUGGCGGAACUGCGGUCGGCACGGGACUCAACACUAGGAUCGGAUUCGAUAAGAAGAUUGCGGAACAGAUCGCUGCCCUGACUGGACUUCCAUUUAUCACUGCGCCGAAUAAGUUUGAAGGGCUGGCCUGUCACGAUGCGCUGGUUGAGGUUUCCGGCGCCCUUAAUGUGGUCGCUUGCUCGUUAAUGAAGAUUGCGAACGACAUCCGGUUUUUGGCGUCAGGUCCGCGCUGUGGUUUGGGGGAAUUGUCGCUGCCGGAGAAUGAGCCAGGAUCUUCGAUCAUGCCAGGAAAGGUGAAUCCCACGCAGUGCGAGGCCAUAACUAUGGUGGCCGGGCAGGUGAUGGGGAAUCAUGUCGCGUGCACCAUCGGAGGGAGCAAUGGACACUUUGAACUCAAUGUAUUCAAACCCAUGAUGGUCGCAAAUGUUUUGAGAUCCAUCCGACUCUUGGGCGACUCUUGUAAAGCAUUCACGACAAAUUGUGUCGAUGGGAUUAUAGCGAACGAGGAUAGGAUUGGGAAACUUUUGCACGAGUCGCUCAUGUUGGUGACGGCGUUAAAUCCACACAUUGGCUAUGACAAGGCUGCCAAGAUUGCAAAGACAGCUCAUAAGGAGGGCACCACCUUGAAACAAUCCGCCCUGAAAUUGGGCUACUUGACGGAAGCGGAUUUCGACAAGUGGGUCAAACCGGAAGACAUGUUGGGGCCCAAGUAAACAAGGACAGCUAAAUAAGCAAUAUAUUAGGACAAGAAAAAGAUACGUCAAUGAAGGGCUACUAUUGUCGACUCUGAACCGAUGUUAGUCAACAAUUAAACUUGAGAAUUUUCGGUGACAAAAUGUAAAUUAAAUUGUGUAGGAAUUAAUGAUAAAAUUAAUUGGUAAAAUGUGUCAAUAAUUAAAUCAUGGCCCUACAUAUUAAUGUAAUUAGACCAGAGCAAGUUGUUAUAUGUACUUGGUGAUAAUCAAACAAAAUUAGCCUAAACCUUGCUCAGGAUUUUAGUUUUAAUUAUUCCCAAGUCAAUAAGGUGUAAUUAAAUAUUAUGCAAAAUGAGGAUAAAAAGGAACGUAAUAAAAACCGAGACAAAAUUGCAUUUUCUA